GCAGGUGAAACUUCAGACCAGAUAUACACUUUGGAAGAAUUAAGAGUCAGAAACCAGUGUGAAGAUCAAGCAGCUUUGAGGUGCUUCCCUGGGGCUGAAUGAAAUGGAGCUGAGAGAAACUAAGCUUAACCUCGGUGGAGAGGAUGGUUAUUCCAAUGCUGCUUUUGAGGAAGAAGAUAUCAAGAACCAGAAUGGGUCAGGAAGAUAUUCACUGAGAAAUCGUAAUGAACAAAAUGGGAAUAGGAUAAAUGUCCACCAGGGGGAAGAACAUGUCACUAUUGAGCAAGAUCUCCCCAAACAGAAAGGAAGCCUAGAGGAAAGUGAACUGACACACCAGAAAGGGUACCUAAAAAAGAAGUAUGAUGAGACUUGUGACUUCUUUAGGAAGCAUAAAGCUGCAAUCCAAUACAUCUUCUAUGGCAUUUUAUUAGCAGGCUGUUUGGCUGUAGUUAUCGCAGCUUGUGUGGUGAACUUUCACAGAGCCCUCCCACUUCUUGUCUUCACUGUUGCUGCCAUAUUCUUUGUCAUUUGGGACUACUUGAUAGCCAAAUAUGAAAGUCAGAUUGCUAAGUUCUUGUCUCCUGGUGGCAGAUUCCUGAACGAACAUUGGUUCUGGUUGAAGUGGCUGAUAUGGAUCUUGCUGAUUACAGGAGUCAUUUGCUGGCUAAUUUUUGACACAGCCAAGCAGGGAACCCAGUCUUUGGUGUCCUUUGGUGGGCUUGUGUUCUAUGUUCUCCUGAUGCUAAUAUUUUCUAAGUACCCAACUAGGGUGUUCUGGAGACCUGUCUUUUGGGGAAUUGGAUUACAGUUUAUUCUUGGUCUUUUCAUUCUAAGAACUACACCUGGAUUCCAGGCAUUCAAUUGGUUGGGGAAUCAAGUAAAGAUUUUCUUGGAGUAUACAGACUCAGGAGCCAUAUUUGUCUUUGGUGAGAAGUAUGCAGACCAUUUCUUUGCUUUUAGGGUCUUGCCAAUAGUGGUCUUCUUCAGCACAGUGAUCUCCAUGCUCUAUUACCUUGGAUUCAUGCAGUGGCUCAUUAGAAAGGUUGGAUGGACAAUGCAGGUUAUCCUGGGAUCAUCUCCUAUCGAAUCUGUAGUUGCUGCUGGCAACAUAUUUGUGGGACAGACUGAAUCUCCACUUGUAGUUCGACCCUAUUUAUCACUUCUCACCAAGUCUGAGCUCCAUGCAGUCAUGACUGCAGGAUUUUCAACCAUUGCUGGAAGUGUCUUAGGUGCAUAUAUUUCUUUUGGGGUUUCAGCAUCACAUUUGUUAACUGCUUCAGUGAUGUCUGCCCCUGCCUCUCUGGCUAUUGCUAAAUUAUUUUGGCCUGAGACUGAAAUUCCUAAAAUAACUCUCAAGAAUACCUUGAAAAUGGAGAAAGGGGACUCGAGAAAUCUCCUGGAAGCAGCAAGCCAUGGAGCCUCCUCCUCCAUCUCUCUGGUGGCAAACAUCGCUGUGAACUUGAUUGCUUUCUUGGCCCUCCUGGCUUUUGUGAAUUCAGCCCUUUCCUGGCUAGGGAACAUGUUUGACUACCCUCAGCUGAAUUUUGAGGUGAUCUGCUCCUAUGUCUUCAUGCCUUUUUCUUUCAUGAUGGGGGUUGACUGGCAAGACAGCUUUCUAGUUGGUGGACUGAUAGGAUAUAAGACUUUCUUCAAUGAAUUUGUAGCCUUCCAACAACUUGGAAAAAUGAUCAAGUUGCGAAAACUAGCUGGACCCAAAUUUGUAGAUGGUGUGCAACAAUAUAUAUCUGUUCACUCUGAAACCAUUGCCACCUAUGCCCUUUGUGGCUUUGCCAAUUUUGGUUCUCUGGGGGUAGUUAUUGGAGGACUCACAUCUAUGGCUCCUUCCAGGAAGCGCGACAUUGCUGGAGGGGCUUUCAGGGCUCUGAUUGCUGGUACUGUAGCCAGCUUCAUGACAGCCUGUAUCGCUGGCAUACUCUCCAGCCCUCCCAUGGAGAUAGAGUGCUAUAGUCUUUUAAAAAAUGCAUUCAACUCAACUUCACCUAGCAACACAACUGAGCUAGUUACCUGUUGCCAAAACCUAUUUACCAGGACACGAGGCUAUUCAGAGAUCCUGAUGGAAUCUUCUCUUUAUUCUCUUCAUUGUCGUUUGGUUUUGGUGUUCCAGAACACUUCACUUGGACACAGGUAUCAAUAAAUUAAUAAACUCACCAACAAAAACAGCUCUGCUCACCAGCCGCUCAUUUGACAUCCUGAACUGGAGGCCCAAAGAGACCCUCCAGAACCAGCAUCAAUUAUAGACCAUGCUAAUUUCACUGGGGCCGAUUUGAAACAAGACAUUUACAUCAGACCUUAGAAAGCCUCAAUGUAACUGUCCAUGUAAAAGCAGACAACUGACUGUCAGAGAGAAGCAGUGUCACCCCCACCCCAAGGAGAUAAGAAAAGAUGUCUAGAAUAAGAGGAAAACUGUCCAUUCCACUCUCAGAUUCUUAAGAGGCACAAUUUGAAAAACAAAAACCAAGAGGAAGAUCUGCUACCAUGGUUACCAUGGUGAAAUCCACAUUCACUAUUCCUUAUCUGUGGUUUUGAGAGAAAACCUCUCUCCAGCUAUGAUACCCUAGGGAAGUGGCUAGGCCUCUGUGCUUCAGUUUUGCCAACUGCAAAAGGGGAAGACCACCAGUUCCAAUCUACUUCACAGAAUUGCAGGGGGGGCACCCUGAUGACUAAUGGAUAGAAUUCCUGAGUUCUUAGACACAAGGAUACAAUUACUUUGUAGGCCCAACAUUUAUGACAUUUAUUAAAGUGUCAUUCCUGUUACUCAGUAAUAGAAAUUCAAAGGGAAAACCCAGGAACAUCAUCGGUUUGGGAUCAUCUCAGCCCCAGCAGGAUACAGCAAAACAAUAACAAUGAAUCAGAAUUUCCUAUGUAUCAUUUUCACUCUUGUAGUUAUCUUCUGGUACCUUGAGGCCAGAUAAGCUUGACUCCCAAGAGUUUUGGGAGACUUUACAGGGUUGGGAGAUUUGAGAAUACAGUUUCUUUCCCUUUAACCUCUCAAAUGUUUGUGAAAUUGAACAAUUGUACAUUUGUGCACCAUGAAAAAAAUAUAUAAAAUAUUUAAAUAGUUUUUGCUAGUAUUUCUGUAAUGCACUUUAAGGUAAGUGCCUAUUUUUAACUGUGUUUCUGACAGAUUUUUAGAAAGGGGAAAAAUGGGUCAGAUGGGAGAACCAAAUACACCAACAAGCAAGGUAUAACCAAUAAGUACAACAAAAGGCCUUUCUAUAUUGUACAAGAAAGUUGAUCUUCUGAUUUACAAUUGUUAUUUGCAACAGCCUUAGGCCACUCAUAGGCCAAACUAUGUCCUUGCUCAGAAAGUUCCACCCCAUUCCUAGUCAUUUCCAAUUGCCAAAGCUAUAACUAAGUCAAGGUGACUGGGGCAUUGUCCUAGGUUAUCAAAAUUUAGAAGACACUGAAAGUACUUUAACACAUAGAAAUAACUGAGUUUAAAAUCAAAUAGUAAGAAUAGUUCGUUGAAAUUGGAAGCCACCAGAUGGUGAAACUCUCCUCUCUUCUUUCUCCUUUCCUCUCCUCUCCCCACCCCAGCCACCCACUAAAAAACUACAUAAGCAUGCAUUUUGGGUGAAUUGCUCUCUAGCCCUGCCCUGUUGUCUCUCCUGGUGGCAGCUUCCUCAGCAGGGGUAAUAAGCAUCCUGAGAGAGGUCUCCACCCACAGGGGCUGAUGUCCAAGGACCUCUAACUCCCCAUCACAGGGUGGUAUCCAAGGUACAAGGGCUUAGUGGUAAUGUCCUUAGGUCUCUUUCUCAAACUGAACUUGUCUUUAAACAUCAACAUCUGCUUGUCUUGGGAGUGUUGUAGGAGGUUUGCUCGGGGCACAAGCCUGCCAGACAAUGAGAUAAUCUCUCCACUCUUAUCCCCUAGCCUCGUGUUUCUCUGCCACAUUGUUUGCAGCUGCUUUCAGCUUUGAAGGAUUCAAUGAUAGGCAAAACAGGAAAAAGUUCUACAAAUACCAGAAUCCUCAGAUAAUUUCACCCUUUUCAACAACAUUCAAUGCUCACUUAACUGUCUACAGUCUAGUAAAGUUUACUGCAAUAUGAA